GUCACCGUGUUCCUUCACAGCAGCAAUCAUGGCCCCCACAAAGGAUGCUCGACGAGCUGACCUGAUCGUCCCUUACCAGGAGCCCAAGGCUACGGGCGACUCGACCGACUUCUCUUCGACAAUGUCUACGACCCUGCCUAUGGCCGCCAUGUUUACGCGAAACAAGCUCGUGGGAUGGGCUGCUGUUGUCUUUUCCAUUCAGAGCUGGCUGGGCGAGAGUGAGGAGUCUAAGAAGAACUCCACCACUCCUGGAUACUUUUCCGUCGGCAUGUCGAUCAUGUCCCUCGCUGUUACCUACCUUCCCAUGUUCAUGCCUCCUCCCGGAGCCAGGUCCGCCUCCGGCACUGAGCCCCCCGCUCCUGUUCCUGUGGCAUAAUUACGACGAUUUAUUUUGGAGAGACUGCACACUAAGGGGUAAUAUGCGGAAUGGAGUGUGAGGAGCUGGGCUAGUACAUUGGAGUUACGCCAAGUUUGACAGCCCGGACAAGCUGUGGGUGGAAUAUGUGUAAUAUGAGUUCUUGUAAGAAUAAAGAACAUUAAGUCC